AUGAGCCCACCGACACAGAACACACUGCAUCUCAGCGAAGACGACAUCUUUCGAACUUCGAGCCAAUUUCGCCUGUGGUCCUUCGCACCCGGACAGCUCGCUGCGCAACGCCGGAAAACACACGAGCUCGCCCUCGCCCGCGCGAAGCAAUAUCUCAGCCAGCAAAAUGGCAAUGGUGCUGCCUCAAAUGGCCACACAAACACACCAGAAUGCCUGACCGCCAAUGAAGAAUUGCGGCUCGUGCAAAGAUAUGGUGAAAUCAUUCGCGUAACAGCGACCCAGCUCAAAUGGCCUACACACAUUGGCAUUACCGCGAUCCAGUAUCUGAAGCGCUUCUACCUGAGCAACAGCUGUAUGACCUAUCCUCCAAAAGAGAUUUACAAGACCGUCAUGUUUCUCGCCAGUAAGACUGAGGCAUUCCACUUGCCGCUCAGCCAAUUCAGCAGGAGUGUCAGCUCCGAGCCGGAUACCGUCCUCGCGCCAGAGUACAAGAUCAUGCAAGCACUGCGCUUCACUCUAGAUGUACGGCAGCCAUCGCGAGGUCUCAAAGGCACAUUGAUGGAGCUGCUGAAUAUGGCAGACAUCAAGCAAGCUCGUGACAGGGUACAGCUCGCAUUCCAAUCUGCAAAGGAACUCCUUGAUUCUACGGCCUCUCUUACAGACGCCUACUUCCUCUACACCCCCUCGCAAAUGCUCAUGGCUGCUCUCGAAGUCGCAGAUGCCCCGCUCCUCCACUUCUACCUCGCCACGAAACUCCCCUCUUCGUCACCAAUCCGCGCCAAGAUACUAUCUACAAUCCACUCCUGUGCGGGAAUGCUUGCAGCUUACGAUCCGAACAGCUCCAUGAAGAAAGAGGAACGAGCCGAGCUUGAAAAGAAGUUGGAGGCAUGCAGGGAUCCGAACACUAGAGAUUUGGUCAAGGUGCAUGCUGCGGUCAAGAGAAAUGGUGCUGAGGAAGGUAUGGUCAGCGAGCAGGACGCUAAGAGGAGAAAGCUUGAGAGGGAGAAGAGUAAUAAGGAGAUGGAUGAUCUGUUUGGGCCGAGUCUACCGCAGGCUAAGGGCUGA